AUUUAACUAAAUGCCUAUUUAUUGUAAUAAUCUCAAUUGGUGUUCAUAAUCAUCUACCUCCACCUUCAACUAAAACCCUAUUUAAUAUAAUCGAAAAUUUGUGGAAGAUUAUUGAGAAAGAACAUAAUUUGAGUCUUACUACACGACAACUUCUUACAA